UUUGUGUUAUUUCUUAGCAGCACACAGCAAUUUAUGCGAUUUUAAAUUAACGCCAAUAGAAUUCCCUUAUUUACAGUUUAAAAUAAAUAGAUAAUUUGAAAAAAACCUUUUUAAUUGUGUGUUUUAUUUAUUUAUUUUCGUCGUUUGGCGUUUAUUUUGACAGCCAUGACCGGAUGUGAACAGCCGUCUUUAUGUGUGUUAUGACGCCGUAAGCUAAAAGCUCAGCUAACAAACAUCGGAGAACCGCAUCGGAACUUCUGAGCCCAAACAGACAGCUUUGCAGACUCUUUUUCCUUUCCUCGUGAAGCAGUUGCUGACGUCAGCUCCUCCUUUGACCGUCUGCGCUCGUCACUGCGGCUGUCAGCGGCCAGAUUCGUUGGGGCGUAAACGGCUAGCUCCACUCUAGCUAGCAUCAGUAGUAGCCGCAGCUGUCCUUUAGCGUUUGCUGCAGACGGCGGAGAUGAUAGCCCUCAUUAAUAAGCUGCUCGACUGGUUCAAGGCGCUCUUCUGGAAGGAGGAGAUGGAGCUGACCCUGGUGGGGUUGCAGUACUCGGGGAAGACCACCUUUGUCAACGUGAUAGCGUCUGGCCAGUUCAGUGAAGACAUGAUUCCCACAGUGGGCUUCAACAUGAGGAAGAUCACAAAGGGCAACGUCACCAUCAAGCUGUGGGACAUUGGAGGCCAGCCUCGCUUCAGGAGCAUGUGGGAACGUUACUGUCGAGGAGUCAGCGCCAUUGUGUACAUGGUGGAUGCAGCCGAUCCAGAGAAGAUCGAAGCCUCCAAGAACGAGCUGCACAACCUCUUGGACAAACCACAGCUCCAGGGAAUCCCUGUUCUGGUUCUGGGUAAUAAGAGGGAUCUACUAGGAGCUCUGGAUGAGAAGGAGCUCAUAGAGAGGAUGAACCUGUCGGCCAUCCAGGACAGAGAGAUCUGCUGCUACUCCAUCUCCUGCAAGGAAAAAGACAACAUCGACAUCACUCUCCAGUGGCUGAUCCAACACUCCAAGACCAAGAGGAGUUCCUGAGACAACAGCAAGACAGAAUGGGCCAAGCCCCGCCUCCCCGACCUCCCCCUUUAGCCCCACCCCCCCCAGUCACCCCUCAGCUGUGGAUGCACUGAUACCACGGGACGCUUGUUGAAUGUUUAAUACUGUAUCGGUUUUUUGAAGAUGUUCCGUGUCAUGCAGGUGACCUCCAGAGGUUCACGUCCGACUGACGUCUUUCUGUGGUUUCAUACCAAAGCACUUUCUCUGAGUUUCAAUUGUUGUGAUUCUAGUUAUAAUAAUCCUGGCUUUUAUUUUUUUUCUCACACUCCUCCAUUGGUGUUGGAGAAACUGUAACAAGAACCCAGAGUUUUUAUCCCCUCAGUGAUAGAUAGAUGACUGUGUGGAAGGACCAGACAGUUCCAUGUUCAUAACAGCUAAACAUCCACCAUGGAGGCGUGUGCAGACGCAGAGAGGCUGCAGCUGCUGUGCAGAAGGAAGGUCACAGGUCUACACCAGAGAGGUCAAAGGGCAUGGAUGUAGUAUACCAGCAAAAAAAAAAAACGUCAGCAACUCUUACUGUAUUUAUCCAGAUGAAAGAGUCUAAGGCUGAUGGAAAAGGUGUGUCGACCAGUAAAGUCUGCCAGCAUGUGACCUGAAAUCAGAACAAGCACAAACGUCUAGAAGCCCAGUUGUGUCAGGAGCUGUGGUAUCGGUGCAUCUUCUCAUUCAUCAGGGAGCAGUAAGCUCUCCUUUCUGAAGGAUCCCAAGAGGAUUGUUUGUCAGAAGGCAUCUAGUCGUCACUACAGAGAACGCAUUAAGAAAUACUCUGCAGCCAUAAGAGGCGGGGCAUCCUCCUCUUCUCUGAUCUUCCCCCAUCUUCCUCCUUCCUGCCAAACCUCAUCCUUUCUUCUCCCUCUUCUCAUUUUUGUCCACCCCUCCAUCGCCUCACUCCUGCUGUCUUUCUGUCCUCCCUCUGGUUCGUCUGCCUCCUCCCUGGUUGCCAAGCCCCGCCCCAUGCCGUCUUUCUCUCGCCGAGAGAGGGAUGAAGAAAAUUCUUUAUUGCACUCUUGAUUUUGUAAGAUAUUGAGAAUAAUGUUAACAAAUAUCUUCUUGUGACAUAACCUGAUAUGGAAGUGGUACUUUAAAUGGAGGAGGACAAGUGUUAUAGUUUUGUUCAUAUUUCUGUAAUAAGCUUUUUAUUCCAGUUUUUUUUUUAUUCUUGUUUUUUAUUGUAAUUUUUUUUUGUGACUUCAUGAAUUGACUUUGGUUCUGUAACCAAAGUUCCGUGUUAUCUCCUUUGAUCUGUCUGCUGACGGGACCAGGGCUGCUGUGGGAGCUCAUGCAACUUUUACAUCUUGUCAAACUAACUGAAGCUUUGUAAUCAGAUUACAUUUUUAAUUUAAGCUGUUUUGAUUUGAAAAAUGCA